CAUCAAAUCAGAAAGAAACAAAUUACUUCAAUUUAAUUUCUCUGUUUCUAAUAUUUCCAACAAUGGCUUUCCCAAGACUAAUUUUCCAGUUGUUGUUUGUAAUUGUUCUUGCAUUUGGCCUUUGUAAUGCACAAGACUUGAAACUUGGCUACUAUGGUAAAACAUGCCCAGGAGCUGAGGCUAUUGUGAAAAAGACAACUUCACAUUACAUCUCAAGAGCACCAACUCUAGCUGCUCCUUUGCUUAGGAUGCAUUUCCAUGAUUGCUUUGUUAGGGGAUGUGAUGGAUCUAUAUUGCUAAACUCAACCAAGAACAAUCAAGCAGAGAGAGAUGCCAUUCCAAAUCAAUCCCUUAGAGGAUUCCAAGUGAUUGAUGCUGCAAAAUCUGAAUUAGAACACAAGUGUCCUGGUGUGGUUUCUUGUGCUGAUAUUCUAGCCUUAGUUGCUAGGGAUGCAGUAUCUAUGAUUAAAGGACCAUAUUGGAAAGUUCCUUUGGGAAGAAGAGAUGGAAGAGUGUCAAUCAUGUUGGAAGGACUCACCAAUUUACCAGCUCCUUUUGCAAAUAUUACUUCCCUUAAAGCUCAGUUUGCCUCUCUUGGUCUGAAUGCAAAAGAUUUAGUUGUUCUAUCAGGAGGGCAUACCAUUGGAAAUGCACAUUGCUUUGCCUUCACAAACCGAAUGUACAACUUUACAGGCAAAGGUGACACUGACCCAACAAUGGAUCCUAACUACAUUGCUCGUUUAAAAAGCAAAUGCACCUCAGUUAACGACGUGACAACAAUUGUGGAAAUGGAUCCAGGAAGUUUCAAGACAUUUGAUGGAAGUUAUUACACUUAUGUAGCCAAAAGGAGAGGACUUUUACAAUCUGAUGCUGCUCUUCUUGAUGACAAAGAGACUAAAGCUUAUGUCAAAUUACAAGCUUUGUCACAUGGAUCAACUUUUUUCAAAGAUUUUGCUGAAUCAAUGGAGAAAAUGGGAAAGAUUGGAGUCUUAACUGGUAAAGCCGGUGAAAUUAGGAAACGUUGUGGUUUUGUAAAUUAAUUCAUUUAACUUAAAGCGCAAUUAGCUCUUCAUGUUUUUCUUUUUCUUUUUUGCUUUACCUUGUUGAUUUUUUGUUUUUGUUUUAGUUAUUUGGUCUACCUUCAUAGCUAAUAUUCUUAUCUUUUGAUUAUUUAUAUGUUCUCUUAUUAGAAAUAAUAAUGGUUGUGGUUGACUUAUAAAUUGUUUUGCCCUAUUAAAGUUUUUUUCCUUCCAAAUAU